AUGGCGAAAUCAAAGUAUGAAUAUGUAAAAAAAUUUGAAAAAAAUGAUUCUCUCCUUCCGAAUACAUGGCUGGUGAUUCGUGUAGACGGUCGAGGCUUUCACAAAUUUUCAGAUAGACAUGGAUUUGUAAAGCCAAAUGACCAAAAAGCUUUGGAACUUAUGAAUAAAUGUGCAGAGAAUGUCAUGAAUGAAAUUGAUGAUAUCGUCUUGGCAUACGGUCAAAGUGACGAAUAUAGAAAGAUUGUUUCCACUAUCGUUAGCCUGUUCUCAUCGAAUUAUGUAUUUCAUUGGAAUAAGUAUUUUCCCGACAAGGAAUUAUUAUAUCCUCCUUCAUUCGAUGGCCGUGUAGUCCAAUAUCCUGGCGAUAAUAAUUUAAGAGACUAUCUAAGCUGGCGACAAGCUGAUUGUACGUCAAGUUUUUUUAUCUGCUAA